ACCCAAUGAAACAUCAGGUUCAGUGUUAGAUAACGUUCAUUUGCGAAAGAUUUUCCAUACAUUAAGACCAUGGCCAACACUCCAGCAACAACAAGCAGCGCAGGACCCGUCCUCCGUGGUCUGCAUAAUGCCACAAUCAAGCGUAACCUGGCCGUGGCCCUCGGUUUGACUGCCAUCGUGACUGUUGCCUUUAAAAUCAUCGUCAACGAUCCCAAGAAGGCAGCCUAUGCUGACUUCUAUCAGAAAUACGAUGCUAACAAAUCCUUUGAGCGCAUGAAGGCCGCUGGCCGUUUCCAGUCCUGCUAAGUGACUAAAGAAACUAGUAUCUAGGGACUAGGGACAUGGAUAGUAUAAGCCAAAAGAUGUUGCUUUAUUGAAAAUUGAAAUAGAUUUCAAAUAACCCCCCCGUCGAA